AUGGACGUAGCGAACACGGUCAAGGCUGCGAGGCGUCGCAUCCCUCCGCUGAUGAACGGCGCCACGCGGGCCACAGCUCACCUCUCCGACACAAAGUCAAUUGUUACGAUUGUAAUACGUAAAGGGUCCUCCAGCGAGAACAAUCCGGGCAAUAGCUCCUUCAGCGAGAACAAUCCGGGCAAUAGCUCCUUCAGCGAGAACAAUCCGGGCAAUAGCUCCUUCAGCGAGAACAAUCAGGGCAAUAGCUCCUUCAGCGAGAACAAUCAGGGCAAUAGCUCCUUCAGCGAGAACAAUCAGGGCAAUAGCUCCUUCAGCGAGAACAAUCAGGGCAAUAGCUCCUUCAGCGAGAACAAUCCGGGCAAUAGCUCCUUCAGCGAGAACAAUCAGGGCAAUAGCUCCUUCAGCGAGAACAAUCAGGGCAAUAGCUCCUUCAGCGAGAACAAUCAGGGCAAUAGCUCCUUCAGCGAGAACAAUCAGGGCAAUAGCUCCUUCAGCGAGAACAAUCAGGGCAAUAGCUCCUUCAGCGAGAACAAUCAGGGCAAUAGCUCCUUCAGCGAGAACAUUCCGGGCAAUAGCUCCUUCAGCGAGAACAAUCAGGGCAAUAGCUCCUUCAGCGAGAACAAUCAGGGCAAUAGCUCCUUCAGCGAGAACAAUCAGGGCAAUAGCUCCUUCAGCGAGAACAUUCCGGGCAAUAGCUCCUUCAGCGAGAACAAUCAGGGCAAUAGCUCCUUCAGCGAGAACAAUCAGGGCAAUAGCUCCUUCAGCAUGAACAGUCAGGGCAAUGGGUCCUACGAUAACAAUCAGACAACAACGACAACAGAGAGCAACGACAACAGAGAGCAACGACAACAGAGAGCAACGACAACAGAGAGCAACGACAACAGAGAGCAACGACAACAGACAACAACGACAACAGAGAGCAACGACAACAGAGAGCAACGACAACAGAGAGCAACGACAACAGAGAGCAACGACAACAGAGAGCAACGACAACAGAGAGCAACGACAACAGAGAGCAACGACAACAGACAACAACGACAACAGAGAGCAACGACAACAGAGAGCAACGACAACAGAGAGCAACGACAACAGAGAGCAACGACAACAGAGAGCAACGACAACAGAGAGCAACGACAACAGAGAACAACGACAACAGAGAGCAACGACAACAGAGAGCAACGACAACAGAGAGCAACGACAACAGAGAGCAACGACAACAGACAACAACGACAACAGAGAGCAACGACAACAGAGAGCAACGACAACAGACAACAACGACAACAGACAACAACGACAACAGAGAGCAACGACAACAGAGAGCAACGACAACAGAGAGCAACGACAACAGAGAGCAACGACAACAGAGAGCAACGACAACAGACAACAACGACAACAGAGAGCAACGACAACAGAGAGCAACGACAACAGAGAGCAACGACAACAGAGAGCAACGACAACAGAGAGCAACGACAACAGAGAGCAACGACAACAGACAACAACGACAACAGAGAGCAACGACAACAGAGAGCAACGACAACAGAGAACAACGACAACAGAGAGCAACGACAACAGAGAGCAACGACAACAGAGAGCAACGACAACAGAGAGCAACGACAACAGAGAGCAACGACAACAGAGAGCAACGACAACAGAGAACAACGACAACAGAGAGCAACGACAACAGAGAACAACGACAACAGAGAGCAACGACAACAGACAACAACGACAACAGAGAGCAACGACAACAGAGAGCAACGACAUCAGAGAGCAACGACAACAGACAACAACGACAACAGAGAGCAACGACAACAGAGAACAACGACAACAGAGAGCAACGACAACAGAGAGCAACGACAACAGAGAACAACGACAACAGAGAGCAACGACAACAGAGAGCAACGACAACAGACAACAACGACAACAGAGAGCAACGACAACAGAGAGCAACGACAACAGACAACAACGACAACAGAGAGCAACGACAACAGAGAGCAACGACAACAGAGAGCAACGACAACAGACAACAACGACAACAGAGAGCAACGACAACAGAGAACAACGACAAUAGAGAGCAACGACAAUAGAGAGCAACGACAACAGAGAGCAACGACAACAGAGAACAACGACAACAGAGAGCAACGACAACAGAGAACAACGACAACAGAGAACAACGACAAUAGAGAAGAGCAACGACAACAGAGAACAACGACAACAGGGAGCAACGACAACAGAGAACAACGACAACAGAGAGCAACGACAACAGACAACAACGACAACAGAGAGCAACGACAACAGAGAACAACGACAACAGAGAGCAACGACAACAGAGAACAACGACAACAGAGCAACGACAACAGAGAACAACGACAACAGAGAGCAACGACAACAGAGAGCAACGACAACAGAGAGCAACGACAACAGACAACAACGACAGCAGAGAGCAACGACAACAGAGAACAACGACAACAGAGAGCAACGACAACAGACAACAACGACAGCAGAGAGCAACGACAACAGAGAACAACGACAACAGAGAGCAACGACAAUAAAGCAACGACAAUAGAGAGCAACGACAAUAGAGAGCAACGACAAUAG